UGGUCUUUACAAAGAAGUAAAGGAACAAGAAAGAAAGGAUCGAGCGAGGAUAUUGAAGAAAGCAAAUUGAGUUAAUGGCAUCUUUGGCUGCGACAGUAAGCGUUCCUUCAACAGGAACAGGAACAAGAACAUCGUUCUUGGCUUCGAGAUCUUGUUUUUGUUCAAAGAAAAUAAUAAUAGUAUCGGGUCAACAGAAGAAGGCGGAGAGAAGGAAUGUGAGUGUGAAAGCGACGGGAAUGCCAAAGUUUAAGGGGACGCAUAUGAGAGAGAAGAAACUGGCAGAAAUGAUCGAACAGAAAGUGGUUGAAGCUAAGCAAGUAUGUGAGGGAGAUCUAACCUCUGACGAAUGUAAGGUAGCGUGGGAUGAAGUGGAAGAAGUGAGCCAAGCCAAGGCGGACCUCAGACGCAAACUUGAGAAGCAAGAUCCUCUUGAAUUCUUUUGCCAAGACAAUCCUGAGACUGACGAGUGUCGUAUCUAUGACGAUUAGAUUGAAGCAUCGUAUCAACGUACCCCUGUUAUUUACUUGUUCUUUCUGCAAGUGUUUUAUGUUGUACCGUGUUUGUAAUCUUUGUAAUUGUUGUCAUAUAAUGUUAUAAGAUAAUUCUCGUUAGUAAAAUGCACAUUUAACAGCA